AAACAAAAUGUCAACUUGCGUACUGAAGUGCUUACGUCCCAUGGUAUAUUUUAAUUACGUUGGUCCAUUUGUGAGAGAAUACCAUAAUUUAAUUUAUAGAAGAACACUAUUAAAAUUGCCAUUAACCAGGUUUUGUCACGAAGACAGCGGAAAUUCUAAAGAUAAAGAUAAGCGGGAAUUACCAGAGACGAGCAAUUCUAUUCCCUUGGCAGUUUCAUCCAAGUAUAAAGUAUUUAGGGAUGAAGAUUCGCCAAUUAUUUUAGAUAUUGAAGAAGAAAGAUCCAAGUUUCAGGAUGAGAUAGCUGCAAGAUUGGAAGUUGUAGAAGAUGAGUUUUCUGGGAUUAAUCUUAAACGUGGCGAGCGAGGGGUGUUCGACACGGAGGAGCUAGUCGCGCUGCUGAGGAGGGACCGGGCGGGUGACAUCUUCGUCGCGGAGCUGCCGUCUCACCUCAAGUACGUGGACCACAUCGUAGUGGCAACGGGCAAGUCUCACCGGCACCGGCGGGCCCUGGCUGAGUUCGUGAGGAAGGUGUACAAACGGAAGCAGCGUCCUGGCGACCCUGUCCCGAGGAUAGAAGGGGAGAAUGCCACGGAAUGGAUAGCUCUGGACUUGGGCAAUAUAGCUCUCCACAUAAUGUCCAAAUCGGCGCGAGAAUUGUAUGACAUAGAGAUGCUGUGGUCAGUGGGACCAGAAUUCGAUGACCAAUGCAACAAAACUGAUGACGCGGUGGUGUCGGUGUUCCAACAUCACGCCAUCUAUCUUGGGGACUUGAAGCCCUUGGAGAACCACGGCUAGCGAUACUCUUUCACUGUGCGUUGGCGUGUAGGUUGUUACCUCAGAAAUGUUCCAGUGUUGACACAGGCAUAUAGCAAUUAAUUAUGUGACUGAUGACGAACCUUAGAUGAGUUUCGUUGUGGCCAAGUCAUAUUCAUUUACGGGAGGCUUGCUCUUGAAAUUUUUUAAAUAUCUAUUGUGUACUUGGAGGAAAGUGCUGCAGUCUCGGGUUCACUAUUGUUAGUACUGGUAAAAAGAUUAUUUAAUUAAUGUCAUAAAAUAACAGAUCAAUAGGGACAAAAUUAUACAGUGAAUUGCAUUGAAACCAAAAUAACAUCGAACAGCAUGUCGAUACACUAGGUAACACCGAAAUGUAAGUUAAUAGACCAUUUAAUACCAAAGUGUAACCAAAAACAUGAAAUUAAUGAGCAAUAUGACAAAAUUUAACUCAGAUUUCAACACUUUUAUCUUUUACCAUGGUAGGUACAUUGUAUGUAAAUGAUUUAAUAUGAAUUUUGAACCAAAAUGUAAAAACUAAAUGAAUUGGGAAAAAAAUUAAUAUCUAAAUGUUUUAUCUUGCAUCUCUUAUUAGUAACACAUUUUUACAUUAAUGAUGUUGGCACAUUUUUCAAUCUCACAAAAAUUUGUUGAUUUUUUUUCUUCUGAGCUCUGUGUUAGACAUGCUUACUACUAAUGGUUUUAUUGUGUAAGUGAAUCAUGUGUCAGUCAGAAUGAGACUAUUUUGGUGAAAUAAGUGCAUACUAAGAAAUAUUUGAGUUUCAUAUUUGUUAAAUAAACACUUUUUUUUUUUUUUAAAUAAAGACAAUGUAUAAAAAUAAAACAAUUAUAUUGAAAUAUCCUUUUUAAAAACCAAAUUGACCUAAAAAAAAAAAAAACUGUUAAAUCUUAUCCCUACAUAUUGUUAUUUAAAACUGCAGUCUUGAAAGACAUUUUUUUUCCCUGGUUACAAACACUUUGUCUCAGUAUGUCACUUUUGGGUCAUAGGUUAUUAUUGCUAGGAAAAAACAUGUUAAAUGUAUUGUUUUCAUACAAUUGCUAAUUUAAGUUUUUUUUUAUGGAGUAAUCUUAUCAGAUCUUGAGUGUGAAAGCCAUUUUCUGACUUCCUUUAGUAAACAGGGUGUCUACAAGUCACAAAAAAGUAACUGGUCAUGAAAGUCACAAAAAGUCCUGAAAUAAGCACUAACUGUAAUAGAAGACAGAAAACUUACCUAAUUUCGAACAGCUUUUUUUCUGCCAACUUCUGCAAAAAAUUUUCAAUUUAUCCAGAUUGGCACUAAAAUCAAUUUUAUUGCAUUUAAUAUAGGUAAAUAUUUAAAUAGUUGAAGACUGUUCACUUAAAUUAUGUGAAAAUUAUCCUCAAAAAGGCUUUAGUAUUUUACCAAAAUCGGUAUUUUCCUGUAAGUAGUAUAUUUUUCAUGAAACUUUUAAUUUUGCUGAUUAUAUAUAUAAAAAAUGAUAUUGUGGUACAAAGAAUUUAAAGAAUAUUGUAUUAAAAGGGCCUGAAAAAUUUCUAAACUGCUCCACAUGAUAUUUGUAGACACCCAGGUCAACUAUCACCAAAGUUGUUAUUUAGUUAAUGUAUUCUUGUCGACAGUUGUAGCAGAGAUGUUAUGCUGUUUUCUCAUCCUGUCGGAACAAAUGUUUACACUUACCAUAGUGAGAUCAAGUGAGAGCAUUGCUCACAACCAUUGGCUGCAAGAAUCAAAAAGAACUUGAAAAUAAUAUGUUAAAUGCUGAAUAUUUGAAAAAAAUUUAAUUGUAUGAUUUUACUGGAAAAUAAUACAAUUUCAAUAUAAGAAAAA